GUAGUCCAUGUCCAUCACUAGAGGAGACAGCUCACCAAAAUUAACUUUUAUUUUUUGUUUUAAAUUCUUAAAUUUUUUUAUUUGCGCAGAGGCGCUCCUUAGAUCUGAGUAACUAGCUUUAUUCGCGACUCAAUUCCAUGCAAAAAACAAGCACACACUAUAGGAAAACAGCAAAAACAACGAAAGAAAAGCGUUUCGAUUGGUGUGAAAAAUUUCAAGGAUAGAAAAAAACAAUUUAAGUUUUAAAAAUGGUUGAUAAAUUUAUAAGCAUGUGGAAAGUUCGUGAAUUGGCUGACAAAGUCACCAAUGUCGUAAUGAACUACACAGAAACGGAAGGAAAGGUACGCGAAGCAACCAAUGAUGAUCCUUGGGGGCCAACUGGACCACUAAUGCAAGAGUUGGCCCAUUCAACCUUCUCGUACGAGACUUUUCCUGAGGUCAUGUCAAUGCUAUGGAAACGCAUGCUUCAGGACAAUAAAACGAAUUGGCGGCGAACCUAUAAAAGUUUACUUUUGCUAAACUAUUUGGUGCGAAACGGAUCCGAACGAGUGGUUACCUCAUCCCGGGAGCACAUUUACGAUUUGCGUUCACUGGAGAAUUACACGUUUACAGACGAGGGUGGCAAGGAUCAGGGAAUUAAUGUUAGACAUAAGGUUAGAGAGCUUAUAGACUUUAUACAAGACGAUGAUCGCUUGCGAGAGGAACGCAAGAAGGCCAAGAAAAAUAAGGACAAGUAUAUUGGAAUGAGCAGUGAUGCAAUGGGCAUGCGAAGUGGAGGCUACAGUGGCUACAGUGGUGGUGGUGGUGGUGGCGGAGGCGGCGGCGGUGGCAGUGGUGGUGGCUACAAUGAUGGAGAUUGGCGUACUUCAAACCGUGGCGAUAAUUGGUAUUCGGAUAAAAGCGCCGCAGAUCGUUAUGAGGAUGAAGAUACGCACUAUGAUGGAGAGCGUGAAGGCUCAGACAGUGAUUCACCUAGUCCUAGAAGGAACUAUCGCUACAAUGAUAGGGCUAGUCCCGCAGAAGUGGCCAGUGAGAGCAGCAAACCGCCAAAUUUGAAUAUGAAUAUACGUACCAAGACGGUCAGUUCGCCGGUAACCAAACAGACCACUGCAUCUGCCAAGCCAUCGCAAAAGAAAAUUGAUUUAGGUGCAGCAGCCAAUUUCGGCAAGGCACCGGCGGAUAGCGCCGCUGGAAUACAUUCACCCACGCACCGGGACACGCCUAGCAAUACGUCAAGCAAUAAUAAUAACGAUCUGCUGGAUGAUCUCUUCAAGACAUGCACAACGCCAACAUCACAAUCACAACCACCGAGUCAAGGGGCGAAUCUUGUCGUCGAUGACGAUGACGAUGACUUCAAUCCACGAGCAAGUGAUGCUGGUGGCCAAGAAUUUGGUGAUUUUGCUACCGCAUUUGGUGGAGGAGGAAAUUCAUCACUACCAGCACCACCAACACCAGAAUUGCCUUCAACGGGCAUACUGUCGUCCAGCAAUGAUGAGUUUGCUGACUUUGCUGCAUUCCAUGGCUCAUCGCCAGCCACCACAACGACGACGACGGCGGCGACUACUUUGUCAUCGGCGCUCGAUGGAAAUUUAUUGGCAACUGCGACGCCGGCGAAUGAUUCAUUUGAUUUGUUCAAUUCAGCUGGACCACAAGCGGCCACAACGGCCACAGAUCUAUUGGCCGGACUUGGCGAUCUAUCCAUACACCAAAGCAUGCCGAUGGCUGUUGAAAUGCAGUUGACAACACCACCAUCAUCAUCAUCACCAACGCUAACCACCCCAGCUACAGCUCUAACUCCGCCACCAGAGGCCGUAAUUCUAGCCCUAAACAAAGCCAUCAGAGAACUUAGUAACUUGCAGCAAGUGCAGAGCUCAUCAGAUGCAUCCCAUGUGGCGGGCAUACUGCAGAGGCUUAACGAAUCGAAUUCCCUGCCUGGUUAUGUUACACCAGAGCAACUGGUGGGUCUUGAUAGCCAGAUCUAUGACUGGUCUUUAUUGGCUAGUGCGGAGUAUUCGCGACUUUUAAAACAAUUGAUGAGACUAUUCAACGAUAGUUGGCCAAAUCCCACACAGGACUUAGAUGUCUUGAAUGUGUUUAAAAUGGAUCAGAGUUUCGCCUUCAUAGAAGUGACAUUUGAGGAGUUGCUUCAGCAGGGAUUGCCCUAUGCGGCGAAUAGUACGACUUCCAUGUUGGCAGCUCUCUUAAAGGAUGAACGAUUGCUGGCCCUUAGUCUUCUUCACAUUUCGCGUCAGCGUGGAACUUUAAUGCAGCGUUUUGGCCGCACAAUAAAAAUUAUGCCUGAGAAGUUGAUGGAAGAACAUGAUGCCAAGGCCAAGCACUUCCUACAGUUGCUAAUGGGAUUGCCUAGUCUGGUGGGGAAUGCUGUAGGACGACGAAUGCCAGAGAUAUAUUCUCCGCGUUCGUAUGGUCAUUUACUACUGGGCCAGUGGCUUAAAUCCUUACAUUUCGUAUUGCAAUGUGAGGACAUCGAGAGCUUCUUUAAUUUGGAGCCUUACUCCUGGUUCCUUUCGCGUCUCUUGAUGGAUUUCCAUGAUGGACCGAUUACUGAGAAAUUUGUGCAAAUACUGGAGAACUAUGCCGUGUGGCCUCAUGCACGGCAAGUCAUUCAAUCUAUUAUGAAAGGUCUGGAACCAGCUGCCUGCUUAAAGAUUGCCCAAUCAGCUCUCAACUGUCACCUGAAUCUGUUUGUGCUUCUGGGUGAAUUGGCUUUAGAUACUCCGCACUGGAAGCAUUGUUUGCAUCAGAAGUUGCCACUGCAGAGAGCAAUAACCGAAAAUGAAGCUUUAAUUGGCUUGAUCAACUUUAUUCAUGUGGCAAGUCCUGCCCAAAUUCAUUUGCUCUUCAAACAGCUCUUGGGCAUUUGGUCGAAACGUAUUUCUUUGCAAAAACUAAGCUCUCAGGAGCAUCUAUCGAUGUCGAAACUGAUCAUACUAUCGGGAAAAUGUGUCGCGCAGGGACUACAAAUGGAUGUGGACAGCAAGCGGCAAUUACAUAAUGGUCUAAGUCAUCAUUUGCAAUCACCGGAUGCAGUGCAGCGACAUAUUGGCAUGAAAACUGUUGAAUUACUUUUCAAAUUUAUGGAAGCAUCCGAUACUAAAGAGGAGGAUUGCCUGAGAUUUGAUUAUCAGGCCAUGGAGCAAAAACCUGAAUGGAUUAUCUUUCAGCAACUCGAUGAGUUGGGCCAAUUUAAACCAGCUACUAAAGAUCAACUAGAUGAGAAGCCCAGCUUCAGGCCAGACCGAUUGAUAUUACUUUUACAGGACUUUAUGGGCAAUUUAAGUGAUGAUCAGAAACCACAAAAGAAAUUAGAGACGCCAGCCAAAAAAGAUAAUCCAAGAAUGCAAUUAGAUUCAGAUGAUGAUGAUGAGCCACCUUCCACUGAUGUUGGAGAUGAAGAUGAUUUAAAACCCUAUGAUAUGUCUAACGAUAUUUCCACCACUCUGGAACAACGACCAAAAUUUUUAAUGGACUUGUUGCAUCUCUUACGUUCCAAGGUCGAGAAUUAUCAGAUUUUUGAAGGAGCUUUGACUACAGCGGAGCAGCUAAUACGUGGCCAACUGAUUAAACAAGAUGCGAAACUAGGAAUUGAAUUGUUGCAGCUAUUUAUCACAUUGGAAAUGCAAUUCUAUUUCGAAAAUUUCGAACGUACCCAGUUCCAAUGUUGUGUGGCCAUUUGUGUGGCUCAUCCUGGUCCAUGUGCUGAAUAUCUAUGCCGAGAGUUUCACACGGAGAAUUCUCGCUAUGGCGCCAAUGUCCGAAUCUUAAUUCUACAAGUUUUGGGUGCAGCUGCCAAAGAGUUGGCUGGCAUAGAUACAGAACGAUCCAACGACACUAGCAAUCAAUCCUUGGAUAUUGUUCCUCCGGCUGCUAAGCAACCACGUAAAUUUUAUCUGCAAUCAGACCAAGAUGAUGCACACGCUCGUCUAGUGGCCGCCCAACGAAUUAUACGAGAACGUCUGCGCUUGAAGACGAAACGUUAUUUCAGCAAGGCAACGGGUCCAGAAGUGAUAGCCAAGGCUAAUCCCUUUCAUCCGGUGGCAGGAACAUUUUUCUUUAGUCUGGUACGAGGUCAACGUACCCGUCAAAUGCUCUAUGUAAGCUAUGAGGACAUUGCCCAUGAUAUUGAUACCAUGUUGCUGGUGAAUCUAUUGCAAACCUUGUCCAUUCUGGUGAUGUGCUCUCAGAAUUGUCCACUGUUGCCAGUGAUGAUGCGUGAAAUCUUUGAUCUUUGCGCCUUUGUACGUUUCAAUGCCGAGUCUCGAGUGCGAUCAGCUACUUUACAAUUAAUUGGCAUAUCGCUGGUGAAUAUGCCGCCAGAAGUGCUUGCCCAGAAUUUCGCCGAAUCUCUCAAUGAGCUUCAACGUUGGCUAGAGGAUCUAGUGCGUUCACCAUUAAUUGGUGGAGAAUCGUCGGAUGAAUGUCGUGAUCUUUCCCAGCAGAUACUGGACACAUGCUAUAAGCUAUUUAGUGUUUCCGUUACGGAGCAGUCCUAAUCAACUCUUUUUCUCUCUAAGCACCAUGUGCCAUUUGGUUUUAUAAUUUGGCAUUAAAAUCUUAUAAAUAAGUAAACUACAUAAAGUAUUGUAUAUAUAUUUAACCAAAUACACAACAGAACAAAGUGUUAGAAUUAAAUGAAAUAUAAUUUAGAGAUAUAAGCACUUAAAGUUUUCGUAUAUUCUAAAAGCUUUCAUCUCUUGGAGCUAUUAAAUGACAUAUUUAAACAAUCCUUUAUCACUUAUACCACAUUCCCCUCGGAAUCUCUUGAUAAUUAUAAAUGCCAACAAUCUGAAAACAUUUUAGAUCAUUAGAAGUUGACUUUUUGUAUUCGCCAUUUAAGUGUGAAUUUCAAUAAAAGAAAAAAAAAAUGACCAAAAAAUAA